AUGGCUGAGAUAUCCGAAGAUUGGAUUAAAGGAAGUUCAACUUCUUCCAACAACAUCAUCGAAUAUGUACCUAUUGAAAAAUAUUGGUAUAAAGUAAUGUCUACUGUUACAACAACUAGUGCACCACAGCAUGUGGUAUUGACAAAACUCGUCAAAUAUUUAUUAUCUUUAUCACAUGGCAACAGUGAUAUAAAAAGAGGUUUUUCUCAAAACAAUUAUCUUGUUCAAACAACAUCUGUUUUACUUUCAAACGUCCAAGAUGCACAUUCUCGUUAUGUAAAAGAUAAUGAAGAACAACAAAAAUUAAUGAAAAAUAUUGAUAUAAUUAAUGGAAAAUGA